AUGAACAGUGCUCUGAUUCUGUCUCACAACAAGUUGUUUGAAAAGUCUAACGCCGUGUACCCGUUCACUAAAACCGAAGUUAAAAUGAGCAGCAUCUCCUCUUCUCAACAGAGCUACGUUUGGGAGAGCGUGUACCAGUCGCAGUGUCCGAACAGACUGAUUGUUGGGUUUGUCGACGGUGACAGAGUGAGCGGAUCAUACACAAACAACCCAUUUAAUUUCCAGAGUUCAUUCAUGAAAACGGUGUGCUUAUAUUUGGAUGGGGUCAGUGUGCCCGGUCGACCCGUCGAAGCAGAUGACGUCAGUGCGUACGUGAAUUUGUUCGAAGGUGUUAAUAGAUGGAGCCUGGAUUGUGGAAAUUAUAUUGAAAGAAUUGAAUUUUCUUUGGGAAAUGGCCUGUUUGUGUUCAACCUUGAACCCGUUUUAGUGGACUCUGAUUAUUUAAGUUUAUUAAAGAACGGUAAUUUACGGUUAGAAGUGCAGUUUAAAUCUGCAUUGACAAAGACGGUCAGUUACAUAGUGUAUGGUGAAUUCCCCAGCUUGAUUGAAAUUGAUCAGACCAGGAACGUGUUUGUCAAAUAG